AUGGCCAAGUCACAUCUACUGCAAUGGCUACUGCUGCUUCCCACACUCUGCUGCCCAGGAGCAGCCAUCGGGUCGGCCUCGUCCAUGGAUUGUACACAAGGUCCUAAAUUCUGGUGCCAAAGCCUGGAGCAAGCAGUGCAGUGCCGAGCCCUGGGGCACUGCCUACAGGAAGUCUGGGGACACGCAGGAGCUAAUGACCUGUGCCAAGAGUGUGAGGAUAUUGUCCACCUUCUCACAAAGAUGACCAAGGAAGACACUUUCCAGGACACGAUCCGGAAGUUCUUGGAACAAGAAUGUGAUAUUCUUCCCUUGAAGCUGCUUGUGCCCCGGUGUCGCCAAGUGCUUGAUGUCUACCUGCCCCUGGUUAUCGACUACUUCCAGAGCCAGAUUAACCCCAAAGCCAUCUGCAAUCAUGUGGGCCUGUGCCCACUUGGGCAGGCUAAGCCAGAACAGAUUCCAGGAAUGCUGGAUGCUGUUCCAGACCCUCUGCUGAACAAGCUGGUCCUCCCUGCGCUGCCAGGCGCCCUCUUGGCAAGACCUGGGCCUCACACACAGGACUUCACUGAGCAACAGCUCCCCAUCCCUCUGCCCUUCUGCUGGCUUUGCAGGACUCUGAUCAAGCGGGUCCAAGCCGUGAUUCCCAAGGGUGUGCUGGCCGUGGCUGUGUCCCAGGUGUGCCACGUGGUACCCCUGGUGGUGGGUGGCAUCUGCCAGUGCUUGGCUGAGCGCUAUACAGUUCUACUGCUAGACGCACUGCUGGGCCGUGUGGUGCCCCAGCUAGUCUGUGGCCUUGUCCUCCGAUGUUCCACUGAGGAUGCCAUUGGCCCAGCCCUUCCUGCUGUGGAACCUCUGAUAGAAGAAUGGCCACUACAAGACACUGAGUGCCAUUUCUGCAAGUCUGUGAUCAGCCAGGCCUGGAACACCAGUGAACAGGCUAUGCCACAGGCAAUGCACCAGGCCUGUCUUCGCUUCUGGCUAAACAGGCAAAAGUGUGAGCAGUUUGUGGAACAGCAUAUGCCCCAGCUGCUGGCCCUGGUGCCUAGGAGCCAGGAUGCCCACAUCACCUGCCAGGCCCUUGGAGUAUGUGAGGCCCCGGCCAGCCCUCUGCAAUGCUUCCAAACCCCACACCUCUGA